GGGCGCGGGCGGGGGACCCCAGAAGCCCAGGUUCCCCGCUCGGGCGGAGAGCAGCCCACAGUGCGGACGCUGCUAGCGCGCGUCCAGCAGGACCUCAGCAAAGACCGGGCGGGCUGGCGGACGGCACGGAGGAGGCGGCAACUGCCACGGUGGCCCCCGCGGGUGCCGGGCGCGCCAAGAUGUUUGACAGCUCGCAGUAUCCCUACAAUUGCUUCAAUUAUGACGCCGACGACUACCCGGUGGGCAGCUCCGACGAGCAGAAGCGGCUCACGAGGCCCGCGUACAGCUACAUCGCGCUGAUCGCCAUGGCCAUCCAGCAGAGCCCCUCGGGCAGGGUGACCCUGUCCGGCAUCUACGACUUCAUCACGCGCAAGUUCCCCUACUACCGAGCCAACCAGCGCGCCUGGCAGAACUCCAUCCGCCACAACCUGUCCCUCAACAGCUGCUUCGUGAAGGUGCCUCGGACGGAGGGCCACGAGAAGGGCAAGGGUAACUACUGGACGUUGGCGGCCGGCUGCGAGUCGCUGCUGGACCUCUUCGAGAACGGCAACUAUCGCAGACGGCGCCGGCGCCGCGGCCCCAAGCGCGAGGGGGCGGGGCAGGCGCGUGUGGGGGGCGCGGAGGGGCCGCAGGGGCCCCCUGAGCCAGCCCCAGGCCAGCCCCCCGCCCCUGCCAGCCCGGCUGCCCUGGGGAAGGCGGAGCACAGGGGCAUCAAGUUCAGCAUUGACUACAUCCUGUCCGCGCCGGGCCCUUUCCCGGGGCUCAAGGGUCCCUACGGCCAGCAGGAGGGCAGAACCCCCCGGCUGGAGGCCCAGCGAAUGAACCUCCACCUGUGGACGAUAUGAGGCCGGGCUGGCGCCCGGUCGGUCCCGGGGCUUCCGGGCGAUUUCGGCCCCACCUCCAGCCAAGAAGCCAGGUUUUGCCACAUCCCGCUAGCUUCCCCAGUCUCGUGUUCCGUGCCGAACACCAGCAUGGGCUGGAGGGACAAGAGGUCAGUCUUCUGGCUUCAUCCUUCACAAGUUCCCUUGCAGGAAGACCCAUGGGGUCCUGCCCUAGGUUCACUGAGCAGCCCCACUCUGAGGGAUAUGAAUACAGGUUCGGGGCCACACUCACUCACAGACAAGGCAGCACCUCAUCCCUCUGUCUUCUGAGAACUGGCUGCACAGACCCCACACCCUGGAAGCUGCCCGUGAGCUCUGGGUGCAGAUGGCGAGGUGGGUGGGCAUCUUACCAGAGCUAGAAGUGCAAACGGUGGAACCAGAUAUUCCUUGACCCCA